AUGUCCAACAAUUUUGACGCCGUCAAGGACGCGGCGGAGGCGACCAUCGCCGCGGCUCUGGCCGCCGCACGCGGGCAGCCCAUCUCGCCGAUCGGGAUUUCGGCCUCCUCGGCCACCCUGCGCUCGCCCUCGGUCGAUGGCCUGAGUGGGGCCAUGUCGGCCUCGUCGCUGGCCGAGUCGCCUCAGUCCGAGUCGGCCACGCGCCCGGGAACCAAAGCCCCAGCGAAGCCCGUCGACGGGGUGCUGACCCCGCGCGACAUCGCCUGCAAUGGGCUCAUGUCGGACCUGCGGCAGCUCCUCUUGGGGAAUGUCAAGUCGGUGUACCUGAACCGGUAUGUGCACCCCCGGCGGUGUGUCUGGCGCGAUCCGAUGGUGGCCGCGCGCGGGCUCGACGGCAUCGAGGACCUGCUCCAGGCCCGGGGGGAGAUCUUCCACCGUCGCCGCGUGGUCGACCAACGGAUCCACAGCAUCCGGCCGAUCUUGUACAAGCGUGGCGACACCAGCAACACCGUUGGCCGGUGGGUGCGCAUGAAGGCCGAGAUUGUCAUGCGCUACCAGCUCAAGGAAUCGCCCUACUGGAUGCGCUACAAGUCCUUCAACCAGCGUGUCAAGCAGCUGCAAAAGCGCGACAAGACCGGCGUGGCCGAGGGCGAGUGCUGGCUCGAGGUGGUGCACCGGCUGGACGUGGACAUGUUCGACUUGGUGGCUCACCGCGUGGCCGACCGGUGGCAGGGCAUCCGCCUGACCGAGGGGACGGACCCGCGCACGCGCGACAUCUACCAGGGGUUCGAUGAUGAUGACGAUGACUCGGAUGGCGGGGCCACCGAUGGCGGGAGCAGCUCCGAUGGCAAUGACAACAAGCGCGCCUCGCGGUGGUGCCUCCGCCGGGCGGCCGCCCGCCGGCCCAAGCUCUUCGUCCGGUCCCUCUGCCUGGAGCUCCAGCCCCUCAGUGACAAUGAGGAGGAGCUGGAGGACGAUGACGACGAUGACGACUGCAGCAGCGACGACUACUUCCGCAACGAGGGGGACGAGUCCUCCUCCGGCGAUGACUCCUCCUCCUCCGACGAGGACUCGGACGAGGAGAUCUCCUUCGCCGACCUGCAUGACCAACGGUCUCGCCGGCGCCCGGCCGGGGGCUUCCAGCGUCGGACCAUGUCAAGUGGCUCGGCCGGGUCGGCCGGGUCGGCCAGCUCGCGCGGUGGCACCCGCGGCUCCUCGCGCAUCGGCAGCGACUCCGAAGACGCCGAGUCCGAUGUGUCCUCCUCGCGGUCCUCGCUGUCCGCCGGGGGCGGAGCCGGCAACCGCGGCCGGGCCACCCGGGCAGGCAUGGCCACCACACGGACGGCCGGCAGGGGGGAUGGGUCCUCCGGGCCCUCGAGCAGCCGGUCUUCCCGCAGUAGCUCCCUCUCGCGGGGGGAACGCAAUGACGGGGGCCUCACUUCGUCGGGGGCCUCCUCGGCCGGCUCCUCUCGGAGCAACUCUCGCCCAAGCUCGCGCGCAGGUGGCACUCUGACGGACUCUGUCCGCCAGCGCCACGAGCGCAGCAUCAGCACCGGCGCCGCGGCUCCCACAUCCAGCUCGGGCAUCCGCUCGCAGAAUGGCUCCGGGCCUGCCAGUCCGACGCACCCUUCGCGCUAG